AUGGAGUUGCAACCGAGAGUGAGCUCAAUUGUUGCCACAAGGCUGUGGAAGAUUGUGAAAAUCGCUUUUGUAAUGAUCAGGAAAGGAUUGGUGUCCAAGAGAAAUUUUAUCAGUGACAUGACCGACGGGGCGAGGGACAGGAAGCUCGUGAGAGACUCACGGAGGAGUCUCAGCUUCAAUCACUAUAAUCCCUCAAAGAAAAUGCGCCGGAUCGGGCUCACCGGGUACGAGUACGAGUUCUCCUGCAGCAACAGCCCAAACCCGGUCAUCAUCCACUCGGCAAAGAACAAGAGCCAACGCUUUCCCUGCAUGAGGCUCCCUAAAGUUAUUGAAGACUUUGUGGAGGACGAGCCUGUGUGCCCUGAGACGCUCGUUUUUGUGGCGAAGACUCCUGAGUACACGUUCAACAUCCAGAUCGAGCGAAGCAGGCCGCUCAAGUCCCCCUACUCAGUGAGGGUCUCUAAUUACUCUAAUUACUCAUCAGAUGACGAGGGUGAUGGAAAAUAUGGGCAAGUGGACCACAAGGCUGACGAAUUCAUCAGCAGGUUUUAUGACCAACUGCGGAAGCAAAUUAUUUACUAA